AUGUCUGAAUCCCACGGCCACCCAUGUCUGAAUCCCACGGCCACCCAGGUCUGGAUCCCACCCAGGUCUGGAUCCCACCCAGGUCUGGAUCCCACCCAGGUCUGGAUCCCACCCAGGUCUGGAUCCCACCCAGGUCUGGAUCCCACCCAGGUCUGGAUCCCACCCAGGUCUGGAUCCCACCCAGGUCUGGAUCCCACCCAGGUCUGGAUCCCACCCAGGUCUGGAUCCCACCCAGGUCUGGAUCCCACCCAGGUCUGGAUCCCACCCAGGUCUGGAUCCCACCCAGGUCUGGAUCCCAGCCAGGUCUGGAUCCCAGCCAGGUCUGGAUCCCAGCCAGGUCUGGAUCCCAGCCAGGUCUGGAUCCCAGCCAGGUCUGGAUCCCAGCCAGGUCUGGAUCCCAGCCAGGUCUGGAUCCCAGCCAGGUCUGGAUCCCAGCCAGGUCUGGAUCCCAGCCAGGUCUGGAUCCCAGCCAGGUCUGGAUCCCAGCCAGGUCUGGAUCCCAGCCAGGUCUGGAUCCCAGCCAGGUCUGGAUCCCAGCCAGGUCUGGAUCCCAGCCAGGUCUGGAUCCCAGCCAGGUCUGGAUCCCAGCCAGGUCUGGAUCCCACCCAGGUCUGGAUCCCACCCAGGUCUGGAUCCCACCCAGGUCUGGAUCCCACCCAGGUCUGGAUCCCACCCAGGUCUGGAUCCCACCCAGGUCUGGAUCCCACCCAGGUCUGGAUCCCACCCAGGUCUGGAUCCCAGCCAGGUCUGGAUCCCAGCCAGGUCUGGAUCCCAGCCAGGUCUGGAUCCCAGCCAGGUCUGGAUCCCAGCCAGGUCUGGAUCCCACCCAGGCCCUCAUGUGGAUUGGGUUUUCAGUCCCUCCUGAUUCUAUGGGUUUACCCAGAAUAUGUUUAUAUGCGGUUUUCCGCCCACCUCUAA